CCCGCACUUCCCUGUUUGGGGCAGUUAGGUCCGCAGAAGUCGGUCCGCGAGCUGUCAGCGCGGGCGGGAACGCCGCGGGGCGCGGGGUGGGCGCGGCCGACCUGGUCACUGAGCCGGCCAGCGACCCCUGACCUCCCGCGCGCCGCGCACCCGACCGGCUCAGCCGGCCGGCAGCAUAACGCGCCCUUCGCUCGCUUGCUGGCCGGCCUCAGGGCAGGCGGGCGGGCGCGGGAGACCCCGCCAGGGCCGAGACUUGGGGCUGGCGGGCGGCGAGAACCCGGUUACGGCCUCCUCGCCAUGUCCUCGGCCUGCGACGCCAGCGACCACUACCCCCUGCACCUCCUAGUGUGGAAAAACGACUACCGGCAGCUCGAGAAGGAGUUGCAGGGCCAGAAUGUGGAGGCUGUGGACCCACGAGGUCGAACAUUACUGCAUCUUGCUGUUUCCUUGGGACAUUUGGAAUCUGCUCGAGUCUUACUCCGACAUAAAGCAGAUGUGACAAAAGAAAAUCGCCAAGGAUGGACAGUUUUACAUGAGGCUGUGAGCACUGGCGAUCCUGAGAUGGUAUACACAGUUCUUCAACAUCGAGACUACCACAACACAUCCAUGGCCCUUGAGGGAGUUCCUGAGCUGCUCCAGAAAAUUCUCGAGGCUCCGGAUUUCUAUGUGCAGAUGAAAUGGGAAUUCACCAGCUGGGUGCCCUUGGUUUCUAGAAUAUGCCCGAAUGAUGUCUGUCGCAUCUGGAAAAGUGGUGCCAAACUGCGCGUUGAUAUCACAUUGCUGGGAUUUGAAAACAUGAGCUGGAUAAGAGGGAGGCGUAGUUUUAUAUUUAAGGGAGAAGACAACUGGGCAGAGUUGAUGGAAGUCAACCACGACGACAAAGUAGUCACCACCGAACACUUCGACCUUUCCCAAGAAAUGGAGCGCCUCACUCUGGACUUGAUGAAGCCAAAAAGCAGGGAAGUUGAGAGGCGGCUUACAAGCCCAGUCAUUAACACCAGCCUCGAUACUAAAAAUAUUGCUUUUGAAAGUGGCUUUUACUUGAAUCUUAUUUUUGUCUUGAUGUUUAUGGAUCCACAACACUCAGUCCCAGACCACGGAGCUUGGAGUUUCUGGAGAACUAAAUCCGGAUUCUGGGGCUGGAGGACAGAUAAAGCAGAAGUUGUUAAUGGUUACGAAGCAAAGGUUUACACAGUAAACAACGUGAAUGUGAUCACCAAAAUACGCACAGAACAUCUGACCGAGGAGGAAAAAAAGAGAUAUAAAGCGGACAGGAACCCGCUGGAAUCUUUGCUGGGAACUGUGGAACACCAGUUUGGUGCACAAGGGCAGGACCUCACCACGGAAUGUGCUACUGCAAACAACCCUACAGCCAUCACGCCUGACGAGUACUUCAAUGAAGAGUUUGAUCUGAAAGACAGGGACAUUGGAAGGCCGAAAGAGCUGACGAUUAGAACACAGAAGUUUAAAGCAAUGCUGUGGAUGUGUGAAGAGUUUCCCCUCUCUCUCGUGGAGCAGGUCAUUCCCAUCAUUGACCUAAUGGCUCGAACGAGUGCUCAUUUUGCAAGACUGAGAGAUUUCAUCAAAUUGGAAUUCCCACCUGGAUUUCCUGUCAAAAUAGAAAUUCCCUUGUUUCAUGUCUUAAAUGCACGGAUUACAUUUGGAAAUGUUAAUGGCUGUAGCACUGCCGAAGAAUCUGUAUCUCAAAAUGUGGAAGGGACCCAGGCUGAUUCAGCUUCCCACAUCACAAACUUUGAGGUUGAUCAAUCUGUGUUUGAAAUUCCCGAAUCUUACUAUGUUCAAGACAAUGGCAGAAAUGUGCAUUUGCAAGAUGAAGAUUACGAGAUAAUGCAGUUUGCCAUCCAGCAAAGUCUGCUUGAGUCCAGCAGGAGCCAGGAACUUUCAGGACCAGCUUCGAAUGGAGGGAUCAGCCAGACAAACACCUAUGACGCCCAGUAUGAGAGGGCCAUCCAGGAGAGCCUCCUCACCAGCACAGAAGGCCUGUGCCCCAGUGCCCUGAGCGAGACAAGCCGUUUUGAUAAUGACUUGCAGCUGGCCAUGGAGCUCUCUGCCAAAGAGCUGGAGGAACGGGAGCUCCGGCUCCAGGAGGAAGAGGCUGAGCUCCAGCAAGUCUUACAGCUGUCACUCACUGACAAAUAGACCUUUUGGCCUGUGGGUUGCACAGAGCAGAGGCUCUGGGCUGUCACAGAUGCUGUGUCAACCAGAGCCCCGGGGCUGAGGGCCUGCACCUUGUGUGCGUGCAGCAGACAACAGCUGCCCCUUCUUUAUGCAGAGGUGCAGAACCAGGGACUCCCAGGCCCAUCCAGGCCACUCCCUGGGGUGGAGAAGGGACCAGGGAUUGCAGGCCCCAUCUCCAGGCUAAGGGGAGGAGAGCAUCAUCACUUUCCAUUAGCUGUAUUGGCUUGCAGGUCACAUUUUUACUACCAGCUUUAGACAAAACCCCAAUCCCCGCAGGUUUGUAGAUCAAUUUUUAUCAAGGAGUGAUAACAAAACAAGUUAUUGCAGAGUCAGGGUGCUUUUAUAUAUGAGAGCAGCAGCCGCCUUUGUAAAGUGUGGUCUAUGAGAAUUGGAGACACAUCUUUACUGUUCACCAAAGAAAUGGGUAAUCUGUGCUGAUCUACUCCUUAUUUUUACCUUUUUACAGGGUUUCUAGGAUAUUGUCAUUAUUCUUCCUUCAUCUCUAUCUGAUUCCAUUCCUUCCACACCCAGCUAAAGUUAGAGGAGAUACAUAUAGAAUCUAUUUUAGAUUAUUGUUAACUAUUUGCAUCAAAUUAAGAUACACAAAUGGCCAUGGAUGUUGCCUUCGCCUUAAACAUUACUAAUAGUUUCACAUCACCUCACUGCACGCAUCGAGGGAUCUGAUUUGAAUUUGUAAAGGCAAUUCUUUUGAGAGCAGGAUUCUCCAGGCUAAAUCAAAGGCAGCUAAUCCUGUCCCUGAAGGAGCAGCUAGGGGAACCUGAGGCUUGUUCUUGAAGUGGGCAAGCUGGCCAAAAUAUUGGAACACACAGAACCAAACCAGGUGCGUUCCACACCUGCACGAGUGAAGGAUUUCCACAUAGACACCUAGGAAGAACCCACUGCAUGCCCUAGACUCACUCCAGAGGAAGGAUGGAUUUGCAACCAGAAAGGGAGCUGAAAACCACGGAGCUCCAUGGCUCUUCAUUCAAAAGGGAAAAUGAUGAUUCCACGUUGCUUUUCAGAGUUCAAAUCAACAUCUUUCUGAAUAAAUCUAUUUUUUAACAGAAUCUUUUUAUUAUUUGUAAAAGAUAUAAAAACAACUAUUCCCAUCAGUAGCAAUACAAGGUUAUACAUUUUAACCAGAUUUUCUCAGGCCUUUUUUGGAUACCUUUAGUAGUUAACUCUCUUUUGUCAAACCCUCCUGUAAAUAACCAUCGCACAACAUACAGAAGCCUGGGGAAUACAGCCAAGGGCACUGCUCACUGUGGCCCAUGUAUUCGUUCCCACAGGCUGCACUGAAAUAACUUGGUAAACAGUACCCUCCUCCAUUUUGUGUCUGUUUCCUCUGUUGUGCUUCUUUGGGGAUAGGAAGACAAACAUAACUACUAUUCCAGGUGUUGCCAGUGAAACGUUCCCAGACACAAAGAAUUGUGCUUUUAAUUCCAUGUCACCAUUUGCCUUUUUUUUUUUUUUUGUCAUGGUCUGACCAAAAUUCCUUCCCUGCACAGCAGGCCAGUAUAGGCAACGCCACAUUUGUUUCAAAUACGCAAUGUGGCAUUUUGUUUACUUCGCAUUUGCCAUGAGCAAAAACACUUCUUGGAAUGGCUGCAGCGAGGCUGUGUCAUUGGCUUACAAAGGUGACUCAUAGGUAAUUUCUGUGUUUGCAUUCCACUGCUCUGCUCCCUAAGGUCCUUGACUUUCUCCCCUGGAAUUCACUUAAAAAAGGACUGAGCAUUGUGUCAACCUGUUGCAGCGUUUUUCAUAUAUGUGUUCACUCUAAAAAUGCAAAUAAAGACGGCUUCCUUAGAGGGUGCUCAUACAAUA